CACAAAUGUGAACACGUAUAUGAAUUCCAGUCUAUAUAUACGCAUACAUGCCCCACUCACUCACGCCUAUUCCAUUCCUUUUGUAACUGAAAACUCUCGAUUCGAAACCCCCUCCGGAAAAUGGCCGUCUCUUCCGGUGCCGACGCUGAGCACCACGGCCACGCCCAAUACGAGCACCUCGGCAAGCGCGCCGCCGACAAAUUCGACCCGGCCGCGCCUCCUCCGUUCAAGAUCGCCGACAUCCGCGCCGCCAUCCCGCCGCAUUGCUGGGUCAAGGACCCCCUCCGCUCCCUCAGCUACGUCGCCUGGGAUGUGUUCGUCGUCGCCGCGCUCCUCGCCGCCGCCGCCUUUUUCGACAGCUGGAUCUUCUGGCCCAUCUACUGGGCCGCCCAGGGCACCAUGUUUUGGGCCUUGUUCGUCCUCGGCCACGAUUGUGGGCACGGGAGUUUUUCGGACAAUACCACGCUGAAUAACGUGGUGGGACAUGUACUACAUUCCUCAAUUCUUGUACCUUAUCAUGGAUGGCGAAUAAGCCAUCGAACACACCACCAGAAUCAUGGUCAUGUGGAGAACGACGAGUCAUGGGUUCCGCUGACUGAGAAUUUAUACAAGCAGCUGGAUUUCUCCACCAAAUUCUUGAGAUACAAAAUCCCAUUCCCCAUGUUUGCCUACCCCCUAUACUUGUGGUAUAGAAGCCCCGGAAAAAGUGGAUCUCACUUCAACCCAUAUAGUAGUUUGUUCAAACCCAAUGAGAGAGAUUUGGUGAUCACUUCCACCAUAUGUUGGGCUGCAAUGGUUGCUUGUCUCCUCUAUGCUUCCACCAUUGUUGGCCCAACCAUGUUGUUCAAGCUCUACGGCGUUCCUUAUUUGAUAUUCGUUGUGUGGUUGGACACGGUUACAUAUCUGCACCACCAUGGUUACGACAAGAAACUCCCUUGGUACCGCAGCAAGGAAUGGAGUUAUUUACGUGGAGGAUUGACGACAGUAGAUCAAGACUAUGGAAUAUUCAACAAAAUUCACCACGAUAUUGGCACCCAUGUUGUUCACCACCUAUUCCCUCAGAUCCCACAUUACCAUUUAGUGGAGGCGACGAGGGAGGCGAAAAGGGUGCUCGGAAAUUACUACAGAGAGCCCAGAAAAUCUGGAGCCGUUCCGUUUCACUUGGUUCCGACGUUGUUGAAAAGUCUAAGUAGAGAUCAUUAUGUGAGUGACAAUGGAGACAUAGUUUACUAUCAAACAGAUGGAGAACUAUUUUCUUCUAAAGAGAUUUAGUGAUGGGCUCUAAACACCAAAGCAUAGUAGAUUUAUUUAAACUAGCUUUUUGGGGCCACAUUAUUUUCACAAGACAAAUAAUUGUGUGCAACAAUAAGCCUUUUAAAUAACUGUAGUAAGUUUUUUAGGUUGCAGUUUUGCUCUCCCUUGUUUUUUUGUCUUUCCUUAUGUUCAAUUAUGUAAUGUUGCUUUAAAUAAAGUUUACUUGUUGUAUUAUCAAA